UACCUGCUAAAUUACUCCACAAGAAAUCGUUCCUCUUCUUGCCUCCCCCCACCGUCUUCGCUGUUCCAUUUUCGGCAGUAGCCUCUUUCGUCCGUCCCUGCCACAACCACCGCCUCAGCCGCCGACACCGGUAUCGCCACUGCCACCGCAACAAUGGAAUCGACCAUGCUCAUUGAAUGUAAAACACCACCGACUCGCCCCAAUGCCUCCACCACCAUGGACUCGCCCCUCUUCGACAACGAAGACGACCUCUACACUCGCUUAAAGUCAUUAGAGCGUCAAAUCGAGUUUAUUGAAAUCCAAGAAGAGUACGUCAAAGACGAACAAAAGAAUCUCAAGCGCGAACUCCUUAGGUCUCAAGAAGAAGUGAAGCGGAUCCAAUCGGUUCCGCUUGUGAUUGGUCAGUUCAUGGAGAUGAUCGAUCAAAAUAACGGUAUCGUAGGGUCAACUACAGGAUCUAAUUACUAUGUUAGGAUUCUUAGUACGAUUAAUCGCGAGCAAUUGAAACCCUCGGCGUCCGUUGCUUUGCACCGUCACUCAAAUGCGCUUGUUGACGUGUUGCCACCUGAGGCUGACUCUAGUAUAUCUCUGCUUAGCCAGUCGGAGAAACCUGACGUCACCUAUAGUGAUAUUGGAGGUUGUGACAUUCAAAAGCAGGAAAUACGUGAGGCUGUGGAGUUGCCUUUGACUCAUCAUGAAUUGUACAAGCAAAUAGGCAUAGAUCCUCCUCGUGGUGUUUUGUUAUAUGGUCCACCUGGCACUGGUAAAACCAUGCUUGCCAAAGCUGUUGCAAAUCAUACCACAGCAGCCUUUAUUCGAGUAGUUGGUUCAGAAUUUGUUCAGAAGUAUUUGGGUGAGGGUCCUAGAAUGGUUCGUGAUGUGUUUCGGCUUGCGAAAGAGAAUGCCCCUGCUAUCAUAUUUAUCGAUGAGGUGGACGCAAUUGCUACCGCCAGAUUUGAUGCUCAGACUGGAGCCGACAGAGAAGUGCAGCGAAUUCUCAUGGAACUUCUAAAUCAGAUGGAUGGGUUUGACCAAACGGUGAAUGUGAAGGUUAUUAUGGCAACUAACAGAGCCGAUACAUUAGACCCUGCACUUCUUCGUCCUGGUAGGCUUGACCGCAAGAUUGAGUUUCCUUUGCCUGAUAGGCGACAAAAACGCCUCGUUUUUCAGGUUUGCACGGCUAAAAUGAACUUGAGUGAUGAAGUUGACUUGGAAGAUUAUGUUUCUCGCCCUGACAAGAUUAGUGCUGCUGAGAUUACGGCUAUUUGUCAAGAAGCAGGGAUGCAUGCAGUCCGCAAGAACAGAUAUGUUAUUCUUCCCAAGGACUUCGAGAAGGGUUACAGAACCAAUUUUGAAGCUGUUGAUGACGCAGCCGAAGCUACAACGGAAAAUGUUGUGGUAGUUUUCGAAGGACGAAGGGAAAUCAUCCAACAUAAAUCAUCAACCAUCAAAGUCGUAUAUGUGAACAUUUAUUUCCUCAUGAAACUCUGCUCUCCUCACCUGCUUCAAUCCAUCCUCAUCAUACUUUCCCUUGUAUCUCCACUGUUUGCUGACUUAAACUCAGAUAAACAAGCUCUUCUUGCAUUUGCUGAAGCAGCACCCCAUGCCCCAAAGCUCAACUGGAGCAACACUACUCAGAUUUGCACUUCUUGGAUAGGCAUCACCUGUGAUUCCAAUGGGACCCGUGUUUCCGCUCUUCGACUUCCUAGCCUUGGACUCACGGGCCCCAUUCCUUCCAACACUCUUGGAAAACUGGAAGCUUUGGAAGUUCUCAGCCUCAGAUUGAAUAGCCUCACUGGAAGUAUACCUUCUGAUGUCCUCUCUCUUCCUUCCCUCCAUCAUCUCUUCCUUCAACAUAACAACUUCGCAGGUAACAUUCCGGCUUCAUUUCCUUCCCACAUGAAUGUAUUAGACCUCUCUUUCAAUUCCUUCACCGGAAAAAUCCCGGAAUCUCUCCAGAAUUUGGCACGCCUAACCAAAUUAAACCUCCAAAAUAACUCCCUCUCUGGUUCUAUCCCCAAUAUCACAUUCUCAAAGCUCAAAAAUCUCAACAUAAGCUACAAUCAUCUCAAUGGUUCUAUUCCAUCAUCCCUCAAGACUUUCCCAAAUUCAUCAUAUAUUGGGAACUCUUUCCUGUGUGGACUACCUCUGAAUCCCUGUUCACCUCCACUGCCACCUCCGCCUGCUCAUACACCACCACCACCUACAGGCGGUCGUCAGGAAAAAAGCUCAAAGAAGUUUCCUUUAUGGGCUGUUAUUGCCAUAGCGUUUGGAGGAGGUGUUGCAGUUAUACUUUUGAUGAUCAUUUUAUAUUUCUGCUGUUUCAAGAAAAAGAAAAGGAAUAUGAAUGAGAAUGGGAAUGGGAAUGGGAAUGUGAGCAGUGUACGAAGAGCAAAGUCUUCUUCUGUUGGUGGAAGGAGUGAGAAGCCUAGGGAAGAAUUUGGUAGUGAAGUACAAGAGGCUGAAAAUAACAAGAUGGUUUUCUUUGAAGGCUGUUCUAGUAAUUUUGAUCUUGAGGAUUUAUUGUGUGCUUCUGCUGAGGUUCUUGGAAAGGGUAGUUUUGGAACAACAUAUAAGGCAACUUUAGAGGAGUCGGUAACCGUGGUUGUGAAAAGGCUGAAAGAUGUGGUGGCAGGGAAGAAAGAGUUUGAACAGCAAAUGGAGAUGAUAGGGAGAGUUGAACCGCAUCCGAAUGUUGUCCCACUUCGUGCUUAUUAUUACUCCAAGGAUGAGAAGCUACUUGUCUAUGAUUAUCUCUCAAGUGGUAGCCUGUUGACACUCUUACAUGGAAACAGAGGAGGCGGUAGAACUCCAAUAGACUGGGAAACAAGAGUAAAAGUGACACUCGGAGCUGCACGAGGCCUUGCACAUAUCCACGCUAUCGGCGGCCCAAAAUUCGUUCACGGAAACAUAAAAUCGUCAAAUGUCCUAAUUACCCCCGACGGAGAAGGCUGCAUCUCGGACACCGGUUUAUCCCCACUCAUAAAGCAACACCCACCCACCACAUCCCGCCACACCAUCGGCUACAAAGCUCCUGAAGUCCUGGAAAUCCGAAAACACUCCCAUAAAUCUGAUGUCUACAGCUUCGGCGUCCUCCUCCUCGAGACACUCACUGGAAAACAACCACUCCAAUCUCCGGGAAGAGUAGGAGGAGAAGACAUGGUGGAUCUCCCAAAGUGGGUCCAGUCUGUGGUGAGGGAAGAAUGGACUGCUGAGGUGUUUGAUGUCGAGCUUAUGAAAUUUCAAAACAUCGAGGAAGAGAUGGUGCAGAUGUUGCAGAUCGGUAUGGCUUGUGUUGUGCAAACCCCGGAUUCCCGACCCUCCAUGGAUGAAGUUGUUAAAAUGAUUGAAGAGGUUCGUGUAUCUAAUUAAUUAAAGACAUCACCGAUUGUGAUUUGUGCAGACACCUUACCUUCGUUUCUGUAAGUUUACAUGCAUGAGCUUGAUUCAAAAUUUUACCAAAAUUAUGUUUCAUCUUUUCGUUUUUAGGAGUGGAGAGCAUUAGUCAUUAGAUUAGCUUUUCUUUCUCUUCAUUUGUUGAAAGAUUACAUUUUUUAAGUUGAUUAAUCAUUAAUCGUCU